GGGAUAAUUUAUGUAAUUUGUGGACAGAUCAAGCGAUCGGUUGAUCCAACCUCUCCACAAAACAUUACCUGUCCUCUCUGUUCGCCGAAUUAGGGUCGAGCCGCCAUGUGCGUGUUGGCGCAGCAAGGAUUGGUUUAUUGAUUGAUGGAGAGGUAUAUAAAGGGCGAUAACAUACAUCUUCACCAGUGUUCGUUUGACAAGGGCGCGCAUGUUUAUCCAUCAGUGGACCUUCCACAGAUUUGACAAACUUACACUGAAACACUGAGUGCGGUUUUGCGUCAUUUUGUAAAGGGCAAUACAUUUUAAUUACAAUCUGCAGAGUUCUCAUCAUACAAAGUUUGAUAACGGACAUUGUGUCAUUUCUGGGGAUGAAUUACAGUCAGGCAUAUCCUCCAGGAACAGUGUGAGAAAUAAUAAGCGUUGAGACGUCGACGAUGGCGGUGUGGUAAAGUGCUGACUGAUACCCUCGACCCUGUUCACCUGCUAAACUGAACCCUGUUCACUGUCAUUUUGAGGAAAAGAUAUGAAUAAAUAUGGUGGAAACGUUGAUCUGACUUCUGAGAAAAACAAGAAAGAGAACCAAGAAAAUUAGAAAAGAUGAAGUGGAAAUCGGAAUUAAAUUGAAGUAACGUGAAAGGCAUCUACAAAUAAUCCUUAUCCUGAAAUCUAAAAGCAUUUUGGUAUUUCAAUAAAACGAAAAUAAACCGGUUUUCACCAAAUGCAAUUUAACGAGCACAUCACGUUAUGACUUGAAGCUAUCAAGCUAUUCCGAAGAGCCCUCGAGGAGAUGACGAUAUGGGCUCCGGGAGCUGACUUAAAACAACUCAGGCGACAAACAAGCCACUUCCGUGAACAACAAAACAGAAGUUAAUGCUACACAAAUACAUUAUAACACUAUUUUAAAAAUGUCCUUUCUACAACGGUGUGCUUUAGGAUGAACAAUAUCUCGCUGCGAAAAUAUUACACUUCAUUGCUAUCUUAAAACAAAAAAGGCACUAUCAUUAAUAUGAAGCAGGUAUAUAUCAACGGCUUACUAGAUCUAUGCCCUGCCAAUCUAUAAAUUAAUCGUGAAAUACCAGGACGUAGACAGAAUUACGUACAAGCCAAGCAUUGGAAUCCACCUACGAUCCUCUAUCAACAUCUUAAAACUAGCUGGCGUUUUGGUAUUAACAUUGCGAGCCACAAAACGUUCAUCAGCUCGGAAGAGAUAAUAAUAAACACAACACAACGCCAGUCUUGAAUCUAAUAGAUUUAUACAUGAUAUUGCAAAUCCGUAGUAGGCUGUUUUGUGGGGCUUACUUGUAUUUGAUCCACUGUUGUUAAUUCCUGAUAAAGUACCAGAUAGUGUAACUUGAGUGUAUGGCGUGAUUGUUUUUUUCAAUUACCAAUCACAUAUCAACUGUGUGAGACGUUGUUUAACAAACCAGCAUAUGUCGUGCGUUCAUCUGAGAAGGAUACGUAUUUAGUGGAGAGUUAGAAACAGGUCACGGUUUUACUUAAGUUCAGUAGAAACUGUGUUGAGUAGUUCUCUAUGUUCUUCUCUCCCGACAACAUAUACAAGUAGACAUUGACAAUGCCUCUUGUUUCCGAAACACCAACCAAUAUGGCGCUGAAUCUGUCAGCAGUGAACGCUUCUGAUCCGACAGGACCUAAAGGUUAUGACUUGCCUCAUCUCAUUGUUACUGUUAUCAUCGUCUCUAUUAUCAUCAUCCUCAUCAUCUUCGGCAACCUCCUGGUCGUGAUAGCCGUUUAUACUGACCGUAACCUGAAGACAAUACAGAACUGGUUUAUAGCGUCACUUGCUCUAGCAGACUCACUUCUCGGUCUCGUCAUCAUGCCUUUCUCUCUAGCCAAUGAGGUAAUGGGAUACUGGUAUUUUGGACCGGUUUGGUGUGAUCUUUGGAAAACAAUUGACGUAUUCCUGUGCACAGCGUCAAUAUUAAAUAUCUGCCUCAUCAGCCUCGACCGCUACUUUUGCAUCACACGCGCCCUUACUUAUACACAUUUUAGAACGCCAGGAAAAGCUAUUCUCAUGAUGGCUUCUGUUUGGGUUGUUUCAACUGUCAUUUGCGUUCCUCCUCUGAUCGGUUGGAAGAACCCACUUAAGGCGACAGAGUAUCCGUUAUGUCUACUUAGUUCGGAGACAGGAUAUAUAAUAUAUUCUGCAAUGGGUUCAUUUUAUAUUCCAGCAAUCAUCAUGGUCAUGGUCUAUUAUCAAAUUUAUCGAGCGGCUAAACUGAGAGCAAGAAGGGGCAAUAAAAAAGACAUCAAAAAGAAAGAGCAGAAAAAGAAAACUGUCAAAAACGAAAUGACAGCUGACAAACAGGAGCUAAAACCUAUGAUGGGUCCUAUUGAGACAGUCAGAUCGGAUGCGCGGUCUAUCAUGGACUGUGCUACAGCUCAUUCGGAUGACGAAACCACGUGGCCAAUGUACGAUAAACCUAUUCCGGUGAACAAUGCGUGCGAAAAGGAUCACACAAUUAAUGCGGAUGGAUCGAAUCCGGACGAAAUGACGAAAUUAAUUCCCGCUACUACCCUAACUGAAAAUAACGAGCACAAAUCUGAAAAUAGUUCGAAGUCUACCGAAGGGGAUAGUGUUGAUGUGAACGGAACUAUCAGUAAGCAAGGAAAUGAAAAGGCCGUGUCCGUUACCACAACCAACAACGGAGAAACACGAACAGAAGUUUGUAAAAAACCCGUAGCUAGAAAUCUUAGCCACCCGACGAAGAAAGAUACGCCGAAACAAGAAACUGACGUAAUGGGCGAAUUAGAAAAACAGAAAAAGAAAUUAGCAAAAGCGCGGGAAAGGCGUGCGACUAUUGUGUUAGGACUUGUAAUGGCGGCGUUCAUUUUGUGUUGGUUUCCGUUCUUCACCUUGUAUAUUAUCUCUUCAUUGUGUGAAUACUGUAUCCCAGUGGUGGUAUUUAACGUGUUUUUCUGGGCCGGUUACUGUAACUCGGCCCUCAAUCCAAUCAUAUACACUGUAUUUAAUAGGGAGUUCCGCAACGCCUUUCACAAGAUUGUGUUCAAGAACGAGCUGUGCAGGCGGAGAUGAGCCAGCUAUUGUGUACUCUCUAAUUUAAAGUGUACCGGAGGAUGUUAAUUGGUUCUAUUAGGAUAAAAGGGUCGUAGUGGCGAAAUGCUGAAGUGUAUCUUUAUGUCAAGAAUGUUCAGCCGGACACUAUUAAGAACGAGUGAUUAGACAACGAUCGGCGUUAACUUUUGUUACCUAUUAUAUAUUUACCGUGCUAAUAUUUCGCUCAUAACACAUAUCCUGAUUAAAAAGGCUAAAAUGUUAGCCCCGUAAAACGUUCAUUUGUGUAAUUGUAACUUUUGAAGAAAUGAGGAAUUUUAUACUAAGCUGUACAAAGUGCGUAGCAUAAUGAACCAUAACGAAACACUUACGUCUGACAAUGAAUUUGAAUUAUGAAACUUGCAAGAACUUGUAAUGUUAAGUUUAUAACAAAAGACACGAGAAAUAUUUUCUUAAACUUUUUUGUAGCUUUCUGUUUGUACAUGUUCAAGUUGCAAAGUUUUGUUUCUGUUGUGAACUUUGUUUACAUAUACAUUACAGACGCUCCCAUUAGGAAUUCGUUCCCUGUAGAUACAGUAGUAUUAUCAGGGUUGUCACUACACUAAUUAGAUGAACGCUUUAGAUACCUUAUAAAUACCAAUGAUUUAGGUAUCCUUGCUCUGAUUUCGACUUCAUGUUCUGAGCUUAUGUUAUUAUUAUCAUUGGAUCACUCAGAGUUGGUGUACCUCAAUUAAGUGGACAGAUAAUCAAACCUUCAGAAACGAAAUUGAAAGUAUUUCAUAUAAGUCUUAACUUAUCUUAGUUUAGUUUUUUCUUGUGCUUGAUUGAUGAUAUAUGUCUUAUCUUAUUUUGUAUUUUUCUCGCAAAUAAGAUAAUGCAACAACCCUUUCAUUGAUUGGUUGUUAAGAGGAUUGCUUGUGGAAUACUUGUUAUUGCAUGAUACUCGAUGAGUGGUUGUCAUGAAGUCACAAUAAUGUGUCAACCACAACGAUUGGUUUCAUCAACAUAAUAAAUCGCUUGGUUGUAUUAACUGCACUUUUACCAACGCUUUGAUAGAUUAGUUUUGUAUACGCAUUGGACCAGGUUAUGUAAAUUAUCAAUUUAUCGUGAAAUAUUUCAAAUUAUCUUUUGUUUAAUUAUUAAAAAGAUUAAGUCACUUGUAGCCUUAUCAUGAAAUGAAAUGAUUUUCAUCACAAUGUUUACCAUCUCAUGGAAUUGUUAUAAACAAGUGGUUGCAUAUUAGCUGUUAAUGUCAUAGCGUGAUUGUUGACGUCAUCAAUAUUAUGACAAAAUGCUGUUUCAUCUUGGAUGUUGUCAACAUUAAGGACAGAACACGUGUUUAAAGGUAACAAAAAAACCACAUGUAGCAAGAGGAAAACAGAAAAUAGCAUAGUAAACAGGAUUCUGCUAUGAAUUGUCGCUUAGUUGAUCAUUACUAAUAUAAAUGCGACCCUGGCAGAAACACAUGAUUGGGUGACGUGUUAUACUGAAUGUUUACCUUUGUUCACUUAACAUUGUUUUCUAGGAAAGCAACCAUUAAUCAAUUCAGUGCAUAAUCAGUUAUAAAUUAAUAAGACAAUAAGCAACGCAUUGAUGAUGUAUCAGUAAUGCAUCACUAUAUUAUGAAAACAUGAAUACAAUAGUAAAACAACAACACAUGCAUUAUACAUCUGUAGUAUUACAAUGAUGUACACAACAGUAUUACAUUAGUAUAUAAAUUAAUAUCACGUUACAAAUAACUUUUUUACAUAGGUACAAAUUAUAUACAUGUAAUAAGAAGAGUUGUACGAAUCCUCAUCUUUAUAACGUACUUAGCCAAAGCAAGUUAAAUGGCACAUUUUGUACUAAAUGAAACAGAUAAAAUCAAAAGAAAACCAGGUUAGUCUCUUCCACUCAUUUGCGACGUCGUCAUCAUAUUUUCUUAGUGACUUCAUCAUGAGUAAUAUCAUACAUUUCACAAAUGAAAAAUGCAUGUAAUGUGUUACUUCAUUACGUAACAGCCUCAGUAUAUGAUAAAUAUCCGUAUGAGUAUGUUUCUCUCGCCAGACGUGUCUAUAUGACAUCCGUCACAGUGAUGUUUUCGAUAAUUUCCAUGUUAGACAAAUGGUUUUGUAAAAAUUCCCACGUCGACGAUAAUUUCGAUCAGUAAAAUACAGAUGUUAUUGGCGAGUGUCCCAAAUUACCUUUACACGUUUAUGGUUUCUCAAAUUCCAACUGAACAAAAAGUUAUUUUUCAUUUGUAAACAUUGCGGUUCGAUUCCAUACAUAAAGUAUAACUAACAGCUGUUUUUUUACAAUGCAGUAUGUCUGGCCGAAACUCCUGGGAAAUGCUCAAAUGUUAACGACAGACAAAUUUGAGUUUCCAUCUCAAAACCUUUUUGCUGCUGCAAGAGCCUCUACUCACUUGUUUUGCAUUUAGAGAGGAACUUUUUAUGAAUGUUAUCUGUUAGAGAUCCACACACACCUUUUUUUGUAAUGCAUUUUUAUCAGCAAUGUGACAAGUGUUGUAAAUAGAAAGGAUGUCUAUGAACUAAAGCUUAUCUUAAAUUCUGGAGAGCUUAUCUUAAAAUACAAUGGUCCAGGGACAUUACUAUGUGAAUCACCGCUGGCUCCUUUAAUAAAACUCAUUGCAAUGUGCACCAUUCCCAAUGUUCCAUGAGUUCAUAUUGCUGGUUCACGUUGCCCACAUUGCUAAUAAAGA